AACAGACUUGUCGGCACACAUAUCGAAGAUGAGCAUCUACGAAGAGGUCGAAAUAGAGGACAUGGAUUUUGAGGAAGAGGAGCAGCACUACACUUAUCCUUGCCCGUGUGGUGACAAGUUCGUGAUAACUUUGGCAGAGCUCUGGGAUGGAGAAGAUGUAGCGCCUUGCCCCAGUUGCACGCUUCGCAUCCGCGUCGUAUACGAAGAGGAGGCCCUUCCCCCUUUAAAAGCCAGCGAGGCAGGGGGCUCAGCGGGAGCCGGCAUGGCGGUAGCAGUGCACUAGACGAAGAACAGGGCCGAGAACUUCCCCGCAUGCUCACCCCUCAGGGCAAUAGAUUCCUGACGGAGUUGCUAAGGCCACAGUUGGGCAUUAUCAGUCGUCAUGACUGUCAACCAUCCACUUUACCCCAUGUGAGGGUGUCCAUCCCUCUGCGCGGUGUGCCCGCCCGCGGCGUGGUGACUUGCCUCGGUGAAUGGCGCAGACCCCACCAGGACCUGGGUGUCUGUGUCAUAACAGGCAUGCGGGGCCAGCAGCCGUCUUGUUGCCACGCAUUUUCACCCAUCAAAUAUGCUACUACGGCGAUGCCGAAGGCCUUAUCUAUAGAGGCUCUUCGACUGGUCUAUAGAGCUUUGUCGGCAUGCUGGUGGAACGCACGCUGAGCAGGCUUGAACACAAAAUGAGAGCUCCGCCGCAGUGGAUGAGGAGCGAAAGGGUAGAGAGUAAG